UGCCGCACCCUUGCAGUGAGCCAGUCACGAUAGAGGCGCGGAUGAAUGGUGAUGGGCAUGGCUUCGAGAGCUUGUACGUCGCACUCUUGCGCGAUGUACCGAAAGACAAAGUCGUUGUCGACGUUGGUGCAAACAUGGGCGCUUACAGCAUCCUUCCUGCCGUUCUAGGGUUCAACGUUGUCAGUGUUGAGAUACAGGCGGAUAGAGUUCGUGAAAUACAACUGAUGGGAAUUCUCAACGGAGUCCACGACAGAUUACGAGUGAUUCACGCGGCCGUCGCCGAGGAGACGGGAGCUGUAUUGACAUGUCAAGAUCGGCGCCCUGAGAAUAUCUUGGUGAGAGACUGCACCGUGCUUGACGCUGAUGCUAACGUUGAACACUUGGAAAUUCGAUCGUCCUCUCUGAUGCAUCGCAUGGAUGACUUGCUUGAUAAGGAUUCGGAUGUUUACCUGUACAAGAUCGAUUGCGACGGAUGCGAGCCUGGCUUUUAUCUCAUAGAGACAGGCAUGCAACGGUGGUUCUAUGACUUCGCCAAUAUGCUGCAAGGGAACUACCUCUUUUGCGUGUUAACACAACACGGUUCAUAUAAUCCAGAACAGCCCAAUUAUGGAGCGCUUGUCGACGCAAUACGCUCCAAAGAGAUAGCAAAGAUAAGCGAGAUAGUGCCUACUUACCUCAGUGCAGAAUCAAUUCCGGUCCCCACUGGGGAUGUAGAUAUUUUGCUUGUCAAUCUUGACAAACUAUAGACAUUAGGCCUCCUCAAUACGAGCGAAUGAAGGUAAUAAUAAUGUUCAAUCAUAUUAUUACAGCAGUGAGCGAGUGUCACCUUGCUUCGUACUUUCG